GCGACUUCGAGCCCAACCACUACCAUCUCCUUCGCGAAGGACCUUGUCGACGACUUCUACGUUGCUUACGACUAAUUGACCUCGCAUUCUGACCAGCUUUCUUAAUUUUGCUCAGACUCGUCAUGGGUCGUGGUGUCUCGCCUGGACCCUCGCCCCUCCCGAAGGUCUCGUUCUCCAAGGUCCAGGAUGACUUCGCAUCGUACCCGUCUGGUGUACACGAACAGCAGAUGAGGUCAUUUGGCUACAAUGACUUCUCGGAGUUCAAGCGACCAGAGCAUUACAUCCGCUACAUCGAGCCUUUGGAGAGCGAACUAUCUGAGCAAGUCGAGUACGACAUGGACGAGCAAGAUCAAGAAUGGCUUGACGCAGUCAACGCCGAACGCAAGAAAGAGGGUCACGGUGCCGUGUCCUACGAGCUACUCGAGAUUAUCAUGGACCGCCUCGAGAAGGAGUGGUUCGACCUGACGAAGAACGUACCCAAACCUGACAUGGCACUCCCAUCCGAGGACUCGACAUGCGCAAUUUGCGACGACUCAGAAGGAGAAAACACUAACGCUAUCGUGUUUUGCGAUGGUUGCAACCUGGCGGUCCACCAAGACUGCUAUGGCGUGCCGUAUAUCCCCGAGGGACAAUGGUUGUGUCGCAAGUGCACCGUCUCCCCGGAGAACCCAGUGUCGUGCGUGUUAUGCCCAAGUGAAGGCGGCGCGUUCAAGCAGACUGCCCACGGAGACUGGGUUCAUUUGUUGUGUGCUAUCUGGGUUCCAGAAACGCGGGUCGCAAACGAUGUUUUCAUGGAGCCGAUCACGGGUAUCGACAGGAUAUCUAAGCAGCGCUGGAGGCUCAAAUGCUCCUUAUGUGACGUGAAAGAUGGCGCCUGUAUUCAGUGCAACAAGCCUUCCUGCGUCAUUGCCUUUCAUGUAACGUGUGCUCGCAAGGAGAAGCUCUUAAUGCCCAUGAAAGCGUCGCAAGGAUCGGAGGCGCCGAUGCUUGCUGCUUUUUGCGAGAAGCAUCUACCGCAAGAGCAGCAAGAUGCUCGUGUCGCAGCCCUCGAAGCCGAGCGAGCCGAAGCUGAGGUCUUCGACCCAAGGAAUCCAUCUCCCAAAUCUAGCAAGAGCGCUCGGGCGUACGCGAAGACGUAUAAGCCAGGUCCGCCCCUCGUCCCUCGCAUCAUCCUCGAGCGCAUCCUCCAGUAUAUCAGCAAGGUUGCCGUUAGGCACAAACGCGAUUUCGUUACACUCGUUUGUAAGUACUGGAGCCUCAAGCGAGAAGCGAGGCGAGGUGCAGCGUUCUUGAAGAGGCUCCACCUCGAACCCUGGACUGCGAAUGCCGGAUCCUCGCAGCAUACCGAUGAAGAAAAGGCGAUCAAGCUCGAGUAUAUGAAACGCCAAAGGCGCGAUCUAGAGAGCAUCCGCAUGAUCAGUGAAAUGUGUCGGAAACGCGAAAGCCUGAAGCUGGAACGUGCGGAGGCGAUUCAAUACGUCUUCGACAAGCUUCUGCUAGCACAUGAACAGGUGCUGAGGCAUGCAUUUGAGAGGAUCACCGCAGCCGAUCGCAUGGACAUCUUCAGGGAUCCUGUGUCAUUGGAGGUUGUUCCCGAUUACCUCGAGAUUGUCGAGCGUCCCAUAUGUUGGAGCAUGAUCGACCAGAAGCUGAAUGGGCACCAGUACUUGGACUUGCAGGAGUUCAAGGACGACGUCAAGCUCGUGGCGACCAACGCUAUGUUGUACAACAAGCCUGGUACAACAUACCAUAAGACGGCCCAGAAGGUGCUGGGUGCGGCUGAGCCCAUCAUGGCAGAGCUGGAUAAACUCAUCUUUCGCCCGUCGAUCAACCACGCAAGUGCCACCGACGACGGUACUCAGGAUUCGGAUGCAAUGGAAGAGGACGGCCCGCCGUCAUCUCCCCCUCGUCCCGCCGUUGGCGAUCUCGAACCUCCGGUCGAGCUUCUUGACCUUAUCUUGUCGGAGGACGCAAUCAAGGACGACAUCGACCUUGUGCUGGGUAAACCGCCCCUUGACGCACUGUUCAGUUACGAGCUGCCAAAGGAGAAACCCCCGCCUCCGGAGCCAGAGCCGAAACCCGUCAAGGUCAAGAUCAACCGCAAGCUCAUACUGGAGCGGAAGCGUCGCGAAAGGCUGGACGCUUCGCCCGGGUUCCGCGCGCUAAGGUCUCGACGUUCGUCCGCAAACCUUACCCAGCCCGAGGCCGAAGUUCCCGAGGCCACCGUAGAGGAGGCUCAACCUGAAGCAGGACCGUCGACGCAGCUGGUGGAACCUGACGUUCCUCCCGAAGAAGAACCAGAAACCCCGGCGAAGGUUGGACGUCCGCGCAAGAAGCACGUAAUCGCAGAACCUGGCAAGAUACCUGCGGAGAUGGUGGAGGCGGUGGACAACCAGCAAUCAUUCAAGAUGUUCGACAAAGGCUGGAUCUUGCCGCCUGACCAGGUGCGCGGUGGGCGACAGCGGCAGCGACCCGUACCGCAGCCGACCCCGACCAAGAAGAAAGGCAAAGGAGUUCGUGGCAAGUCACUUCUCGCAGCGCCCACCUCGACUCCGGCAGAGAACAUGACGCUGAAAGCAGACGAGGAAGCCGCGGCUGCAUCUGAGCAAGUGGAACCAGCUAGAGCGUCCUCCGAACCUGCGCCAGAAGAGGCACCUCCAGCUGAGCCUAUACAAGAUCAGGACGCUGAGGACGACGAGCCCGACGAACCGCCACGGAUCAUCUACAUCGAGACUUUGGACACACCUGCGAUUCGGCGGGAGAAGAACCUCCAGAAACGGCUCGAGAAGGAGCGCAAGAAAGCAGAAGCUGCCGCUGCUGCUGAGGCAGCGACGGCGCAGGCGGGGCCCUCGCGACAAGCUGACGAUGAUUCGAAUUGGUCGGAUCUCAGUGAUCUCAGUGAUGCAGAGGACGAAGACCCGUCUGCGGACCAGGGCGAGGAUGAAGAGAAGGAGCCCGGAGCCGUUGUACUGAACGAUGGCGAGUUCUUGGAAGGCGGGACUCUAGUCUGGGCGAAAGCAGAUACCUUCCCUUGGUGGCCAGCAGUGGUCUUCGAGUCUGACGAUAUCGCUGUACCGAAGCGCAUCCUUACUUGGAGGAAUAGGGUGGAGGACGAAACAGAUGGGCCACUUCACAUAGUGCGGUUCUUCGACAGCAAGAAUACAUGGCAAUGUCUAGAACUAGACAGAAUGAGGAUGCUGGGCGAAAACCACGAGUUGGACCAAGACAUGCUUGCCACCGUCUCGAAGAUUCAGAAGUGGAAGAAUUUCAAGAUCCGGCAGCAGUGCCGCGAGGCCUUCAGACGGGCCAUGUCAGAGAGGGAAACUGAUGAGGAAACUCGGCAUACAGGAACACCAGCCACAGGGUUUGGUAUGGAUGUGGACCCCCACUAGGCGAGGUUGAGCGACGUCAAUGCUGUGCGGAUACAUUGUACUGAGUCGUGUUACGUUUGUGCUCUGUUGCUCUGUUGUUAUUGUGUAUUACAUGACCAGUAGGGUCGCGCUCCUUCGACUGCGUUGAUUAACGGAGGGUGUACGCUUUCGUGUCAA